GGCUUGAUCUCAUUUAACACGGAAAUAAAGUAGGGCAAGACCUAUGCAUUUAGAUGGAAAUAGAUUUGAACAAUCUUGAUCAUACAGACAUAACAUACCUUUAUUAUCUCAAGUGGACGGAACGGUAUACAUAGUUGAGGUUUAUAAAAAGAAUGACGAUAUCGGGAACAUCAUUAUAUAUAUUGUAGCUACUUGAAACAGGUUAAACAGUUCACAUAAUAAUGUCAGAGGAAACAACCACUGAUAUUUUGCAACCCUUGUCUUUUGAAAAAUGGAGACUCCUUCAACGUAAAACGAAGCAUAAUUGGCCACAAUUUGCAUAUAUUUACUAUUGGAUUGAAAAUGCUAUUAAAUGGAAAGAAAAAAAACCUGACAUUCUAAUUGAUAUCUAUUGUCCAUAUGGUGAUUUAGAAAAGGAUACUUUCAUUGGAAUAUCCAAGUUUUCCAUAUCUAUAGUGAUAACAUUUACUCUAGAACCAAGUAAUGGAUUAUUAUAUAAAAUAUUAACAGAAACCAAUGUUAUAAAUUGGAAAGAAACAAUUUAUUUGGCUGCUGUUCAUGAAUCUGUUAAGCCUACUGUAUACACAGCGAUAGAAUACUUAAAAAAUGUACGCAACUUACAGAUUAAAUUGGAAGUACCAGGUAAUUAUUAUUUUAAAUCUGCUAAGGAAUGUGCAGAAUUAAAAGUUUGCGUACCAGAAGAAUGUUAUUUAAAAACAUUAGAUAAAUCGGAUGUUCAUCUUGUGCAUUCUGAAUGGCCCCAAAAAAGUUUAGAAUGUCCUGAGGAAUCUACAAAAUACUUAGCUACAAUGAUAGAAAUGAAUUGUGGGAUAGGAUUGCGUUUGAAAAAGGACAAUAGUUUGGUUUCUUGGAUACUCCAUAAUGAUUGGCAUGGUUUAGGAAUGGUGCAAACUUUGGUUGAGCAUAAAAGAAAGGGGUAUGCAAAAACAGUUUCGUCUGCUCUAGCAAAAGAUCUUGGACUACAAGAUAUUUCGGUAACAUUAUUUAUCGUCGAAGGCAAUUUGACAUCCGAAACAAUGUUUACGAAUCUUGGUUGGAAACAAAUUUCACCAAUUAUCUGGAUAAUAGUUCAAGAACAGGAAUAACAAAUAAUAAGGAUAAUAAGUAACAUGUAAAUAAAUUACAGACAAAUCGUUUAAAAAUGAAGCUUA